UUUCAAAGCGAAACAUCCUACAAAUCGCGUGGGAUCAGACAUCAUGGCGCCAGUCGCAUAUACCGAUUUCUAAGAAACCUAUCUUUCAUCUUUUGUAAACCUGUUCGACAUGGAUCUUUUUUGCUAAAGAAGAAUCUUGAUACCAUUCAUGGAAAAAGAGCGCUCCACCAGACGUUACGCCACUGGGAACUACUCGCAGCUGAUUGGCCGACUCUAACGCGGUAGCUUUCUGAUUGGCUGACGCACGGAGGUGCGUUCGAUAGCCCGGCUCAAACCCCCAGUACCCGGCAGGGCCUCGAACGGGAGACUGCUCUGCUACGUUCCGAUUUUCAAAAUUCCCUCGCUCGUUUAAAUGUUUGACGCCUAUUUUGCCAUUAAUUCCAAGAAGAUUAUAAAUAGCCGGCGAUCACCUAAACCUCAUCUCUGAUAUACCGUGUCGCGCUACCGCGAAUGCUUAACGGAUUUGUCAUUCAAAAAAUAAGCGAGAAGAACGAUAGACUUUGAUCGCGUACCUCGUAUUGAAAACCCAAGUAUCAAAUAUAUUCAAUAGAUUUACUCUAUGGAAAGUAACAAUUGAAUCCCGCGCAGUGCUAUCGCCAUAACCUCAGUGAGCUUUUGUGUUCCGUGACUUAGUGCCUUUUUAUUUUGGAUUUUAUACCAACCCGACCGGCCGCUUGACGUCAGGAUUUCCCAGAUCUCCCACGUCUAAAGAAGCUGAAAAUUCAUACCCACGGAGUCUCGACCCGCGGCGAUCACGACGCGGACUACGUCCCGGUACGGCGCUGCGAUUCCGAUCUCGACGUGGUUUAUCGAGCACCAGAGAAAAACUGGUGAUGCCAGCGGAACGUUGCGGAGGCUAGGACGGGAGACGAGACGGAAGUGGCGAGGGUUGGGAAAAUCGGCGCCGGAGGCAGACGAGCCGGGCAACGGUUGUGGCGGCAGAGCGGCAGGGGUACUAUGGGAGCGGGGGUAUGGGGGGCGGAGGAGGGCUACAAGCCACGGACCUCCGGCGACGGCAGUCCCAGCGAUUCAGGAACUUGCGACAGUCAUAUCGUUCUCUAAAUGAGAAUGAUCAUCCCUUGGGAGAGGCUGCGGUCCGGCAAGACGUGGAGAGUUUCAGAGGUGUCGCGUCAUGCGCGACGCUCUCGUCGGCUCAGCCGACAUGUGUAGGAAUUCGAAGACGGCGUCCUGACGACCCGGACGCCGUGACGGAGGAUCCCCUGAGGUCGGGAAGGAUUGAGGACUACUAUCAGCGAGAAUAUCCGCUCAAGGAUGGUCUUCGGCAUGAGGUCGAACACGGGGACGACGUUGACGACGAGGACAGUAGACGCUGUCGUCGGGCCUACAGUGGGGACUUUCGAAGGCUUGCGGAAAUGGCCGCGAGGGCUUUGCUCCUCGGCAUCGUCCUUCUUGUCACUCCAGGUAUCUGUCACCAGGAUGCAGUGCACAUAACAGCUAUCCUGGGGGAGAGCGUGGUGUUCAACUGUCACGUGGAGUUCCCCGGUGAGCACCCAGUGCCCUACGUUCUCCAAUGGGAGAAGAAGGUAGGCGAAACGGAGAUACCGAUAUACAUAUGGUACGAGUCGUAUCCAACCCACAGCGGCGAAGGUUAUGAAGGUCGUGUGUCAAAGGUCAGCCCGAAUUCACCAUACGGAGUGGCGAGCCUAAAUCUCACCAACAUCCGGGAGAGCGACCAGGGUUGGUACGAGUGCAAGGUCGUCUUCCUCAACAGGUCGCCAAACAGUCCCAAGAACGGUACCUGGUUCCAUCUGGACGUACACGCACCGCCUAGAUUCAGCAUCACACCUGAGGACAUGAUCUACGUGAAUCUCGGAGACGCCAUUAUACUGAACUGUCAAGCCGAAGGCACCCCGACGCCUGAGAUACUGUGGUACAAGGACGCCAAUCCAGUGGAGCCAUCGAACACCAUUGGUAUCUUUAACGAUGGGACGGAAUUACGAUUGUCUACCAUUAAGAAUGAGGAUAUCGGUGAUUACACGUGUAUCGCUAGAAAUGGCGAAGGUCAGAUCAGUCACACUGCAAGAGUGAUAGUAGCUGGUGGAGCUGUCAUCAUGGUACCACCCACUAAUCAAACCAAACUCGAGGGUGAGAAGGUACAAUUCUCAUGCGAAGCCAAAGCACUUCCGGGUAACGUAACGGUACGCUGGUUCAGAGAGGGUGCACCUAUCAACGAGGUUUCGGCUCUGAACACGAGGGUGUCCAUCAGGAUGGAUGGGAGUUUGGUGAUUAAUCCAGUAAGGGCUGACGAUUCAGGCCAGUAUCUAUGCGAAGUGACGAAUGGCAUUGGAGAACCACAAAGCGCCAGUGCCUAUCUCAAUGUGGAGUAUCCCGCCAAGGUGACCUUCACCCCUACAGUUCAGUACUUGCCUUUCCGUCUGGGCGGGGUGGUACAGUGUUACAUCAAGGCAAAUCCACCCCUUCAGUAUGUCACCUGGACCAAGGAUAAACGUCUCCUGGAGCCUUAUCAGACCAAAGAUAUCGUUAUCAUGAAUAACGGUUCUCUCCUGUUCACCAGAGUCAAUGAGAAUCAUCAAGGACGUUACACGUGCACACCGUAUAAUGCUCAGGGUACACAGGGUAGUUCAGCCCCUAUGGAGGUGCUCGUAAGAAAUCCCCCUGUCUUCAUCCUGGAACCCAAUGUAUCCUACCAGAGGAAGGUGGGCGAGACCGUCGAGAUGCACUGCGUCGCCCAAGAAGCUGAGGGCACUCAAAAACCUAUAAUUCAAUGGCAAAGGAGGGAUGGUUCACCAAUUCCACGGAACCGGGCUAAAGUCGUAGAGGGUAAUUUGACUAUUGAAAGUCUAAGGCGUUCUGAUUUCGGUCAUUAUCAGUGCGUCGCGUCGAACGAAGUGGCGACCAUAAUGGCCACUACGCAACUCAUCGUCGAGGGCACCCAACCCCAUGCACCCUAUAACGUUACUGGUGUUGCUAGUGAAUUCCAAGUUAAUCUCACUUGGUUACCAGGAUACUCGGGUGGUCCUGAUUACAAGCAGGAUUACACUAUCUGGUACAGAGAAGCUGGUACUUCCGAAUGGACCACAAUUCCUGUAACUCCUUCCGGAAGUACAUCGGUAACCAUAAGCCGACUCACCCCCAGCACGGUGUACGAAUUCCAGGUAAUCGGGAAGAAUGCCCUGGGUGACGGUAUGCUCAGCAAAGUCAUCACCUUGCGGACUCUUGAUGUCGGAGGAACUCGUUCAGCUACUCCGGCAUCCAGCGCACCAUCCGAUCAGAGUGGAAAUCCCGUGCACCCGUCAAUCAUGCGUCCUAAAGGACCAAAGCCAGGUCCGCCCAGGAACCUGACCAUCACGGAGGUCACCAACGGAUUCCUCAUCACCUGGGAGCAACCGCUUGAACGAAGUCAUUUGGUAGAGUUCUACACGAUCCAGUACAAGACUGAUGGAGACUGGAAGACGGUCAACAAGGGACAAAUCCGACCCGAGGAAACCCGUUUCCUAAUGAAAAAUGUCGUCGGUGGGAAAACCUAUUACUUUCAAGUAUUCGCUAAUUCGUCGACGAAUUAUGGCGCCAGCGAGGUCGUCAAGUUUCUGGUUCCGGCACACGUCAAGCACAAGGCCAUCACGGCCGGUAUCGUGGGUGGUAUACUCUUCUUCAUCGUCGCCAUCAUCCUGAGCAUAUGCGCUGUCAAGAUAUGCAACAAGCGGAAGCGACGAAAACAAGAGAAAGAACUGCUUUCAGCGUAUAACAUGGUGGCCUGUCGGGUCACCGACUCACGGAAUGGCGCCGGGCAGGGGCUCCAAGGAACAGUGCCUUUGAAAAAACCUAGAAAAAGCCGAGUACCAGGUCUAAGUCUACUUCGUGAGAUCCUAAGUCCUGACACUCCGGACUCCUCCCGUGGACGGCCGCUGGGUAAAAUCUCCCGGGCGGCCGACGGCCGCUUCGUCAUAGCGGAUUCGGUGAUCAGCUCGGCAGACAACAGCAUCCUUGACGCCUCGAGCAGCGACGACGGCGGCUUCCUGCCGAAGACGAGACUCAAGUCAUCCUGGCGUAGACCGUUGGUGGGCAACAGUCAACUCAGCCUACGCUCCGACGGUAGUGGAGUCUCUGUGGGUCUGCCAGGAGGACAGUUGGCAGGCGUCGUGGCAGCUGUGACGAGACCCAGACCUGGUGCAAUAUGUACCAUAUCCUCCCCAAGGUUUUUGGCCAGUUCACCAGCCGGUCCUCACGUACCUUGGUCGCCCAUGUACUUCAGUGAUCUCAGCUCAGUCAGACAACCUUCAUCCGGAGGAGAAAGAUCCUUUCCGACGCCACCAGGAUACCUUCAACUAAAAUCCGUUCACCAACGUUACAGUCAGGAAUUACCGUCCUUACGUGCUAUACACGCAGAGUCCAGGAGGUUCAUUCCGGUUCAACCCUUAGCGACCUCGUCGCCGCCACAAUCAGCAGGUAGACCCAGGGCGCGGUUACCACCAAGACACGCAAGGCACGCCAGGUCGGCACCUGAGCUGGCAGCAUCGCCAGACCUGGAGACAUCGCCGGAAAGCAGGUCUAGUAGCUCCGGUUUUGGUAGUAAAAAUACGUCCCAACAAAAUCAAAGCUCCAGGUCAGGAUCCACUGUUGCCGAAUGGCGACCACCGCCCUACAGGCCACCGCCGCCGCCUUUGAUCGGCCGAUGGCUUGAACUUCAGGAAGGCAAAGUGACCCAGACUGCAGUCGACGCUGGAAGUGUCGACGGUCACUACGAAUUCGAUCCAGUUUCCUGUACGCCGACGCCGACCUCGGCUUCCACACCUACCAGAGAAGAACGACCACCGACUCAUCAGAUGCAUACGAUACACGGGCCACAUCUUCAUCAAGUACACACUGUUCAUCAUCAGGCACCCAGGUACACUAGGGAUAACAUAGAGGCCAGGGUGCAAGCGAUGAAGGCGGAAUUCCAUCAGUUUCGCCAACGACAAGCUAGAAGACGACAAAGUGCUCAUCUCGAGAGUGCUUGCUAAUAAUCACACAAAGUACAUCACAGUAUGAAACAACAGAGAUAAACGUGAUCGAAUUUCAAGUACCAGUAACCGACCAGAACAUUAUAUAUAUACUAUUGACAUACGUCAAAACGACCAUGAAGAGCAAAUAGCGAGAUCUCAUAAAUCACCGUGCUUCAUCCUAUCCGGUUACCGUAGACCUUAUUGAGUUCUCGUCUACGAAACGAAGAGUGAAGAAUGAAAAUGAAGAGAGAAGAAAAACAUUAAGGGACCGCUAAUUUUAAUGAUUAAUCGAUUGGGUGAAAGGUCAGAGUUCACUCUCGAGUAAAAGAAGUGAGUGGCCGAGGUGUUCCCGUAGGCUCAACAGGAUCAUCUCGGUCCCAAGGCAUAAUACUCCAAAGAAACUGUACUACGUGCUGUAUACCUUCUAACAAGAAUUAACAUUAACGUAAUCCUAAGGUAAUUGAUAAUUAACAGAGAAUUAAAAGUGAACGAAAAAAAUGAAAUAUAUAUAAACGAACGACCAUAAACGAUGCGAAUGAAGAGAAACGGAGACGUAAUUAAUUUUAAAAAAAUAUAUGAGCAAUGGACUCGAAACGUGAUAUUAGGCCGAAGCUUGCCUCGAGAUUGCUUAAGGACUCACUCGUACUGCACUGCCUGUUUAGGGUUUCGCUAGCGACCCAACAUAUUAUCGGCACAAUAAUUUUUCCUAAGCAACGUAAACGAGAAUAAAGUAUAAAAAGUAAUAUUCUUCGAAAUAGCGUGCCGAUUUUUCGUAACGCGCACCUCUCCUCGGCCGCUGGUUGGUAGGUCGUUGGGAUUUGAGCCCUAGUGCGCAUGCGCGGAACUAGAACAAAGAACAUUCCAUUCAAUUCGCUCUUUAUUUCGAUGCGUAGCGUUUGUGCGUCGAAAAAUCGGCACACGCGCGAUCGUCUGUAUCCGUGCGCGGUACACGAUCGGUACAUAUGUAUAACACACACACUACACACUACACACAUGGUAUACACUACAUAAAUUACACACACUACACACACACAAAGAAACGCGCGCGCUCCCGCGCGCACAAAGUCACACAUAUGUACACAAACGUUCUCUGAGAAAAACCCACCUAAUUAUCACCAAACGCAUUGUAUCAAAUCAUCACGGUAACAGGUAUCGGAGCCCUGCAGCUCAAGUUUUUGGGAAAAAGGACGUAUUUUAUGUAUAGGGUGUGAAUGCGCGUUAUUCUUCAAGUUGUACUUUCUUUCGGGGAAUUUUUUUUCUUUUGGAGUAAAUCGCCUUCUUAAAACGCGUUUUUUUUUUCUUAUUAUAUAUGGAUUCUCAAAAGUUUGAUGAUCUACGUGAUCGCCGGACUCCGCCCGUUACCGUUGAACAUUUUACUUUUUUUAUAGUACAAACACUUAUUUCUAUAUAUAUAUAAAUAUAUAAAUAUAUAUAUAAAUAUACUUAUUAUAAAUAUUAGCAGGGGCUCUACUCACGAUUCAACUAUACUUACGACGAUACUAUAUACAAGGGAAUAUCGAAAUUUGUAUAAAUGACAGUGAGCGAAAGAUGAAGCGAGAAAAUAUGAGAAAAUAAUGGAUAUUAAGGACGUUCUAUUUACAGAUUAAUCAACUGAGAUCCUGAAAUGAUGGGUUAAAUAUAAUAAUGGUAAUUUACAUUAUUAGGUAUUCUGUAAAAUCGGAUUCCGAAUUUUAAUGAACUUCUAAGUGAUUUGGAACAAGAAUUUAUUUAAUUUUAUCAUAUUGAUAAAUUUUAUUCAAACUUCGAUUUGUAAAAUAUAAUAUUUUUGUGAUUUCUAAAAAGCUUAUAAUUUAUACUAUCAUUAUUUUGCUUUUUAUAAACCUAUCAAGGAUUUCCAGAUAAAAAAGUAAAUACUUCCUGUCUUGUAUAACUUGGAAUCCAAAGACCCCGUGCUAAACAUUGCAUUUUCUAAAUCGCUUUUUUAUUUCAUUUAUUCGAUAACUAAUCUUGAAGUCGCAUGGAAAUAUUCUUCGAACGUGCAAUAAUAAUAUACCAUAAAUUGGUAACGCUAUAAAGAAAUUAUAAAACUGGUAGAACGUCCUUAAUUAUCAGCACCUGUUGAUUAACCAUGUAUAAAUGUGCAGCGGCGCCUGUGGACGAGUGAACGCAGUGUUAAAUUUGCAUAGAAAAGAAAUUUAACGAAAGCGAAAGAAAUACUAAUGAAUGCGAGAGAUCGUGAGAAAGUAAUUAAGCAGAGUGUGUUCUUAGUGAGUGUCAAACGUAAAGACAAUUAAAAUUCCGUUGACGAGAGUUUAGCAAAGUGAUACGAUUUCAGCGCUGAUUCUAUAAGAGGUUCGAGAGAUAGAGAGAGAGAGUGAGAAAGAGAGAGAGAGGCGACGGGGGUAUAUAUAUACACACACGACACAAAACCAACAAGAACAAAAAAAAAGAAGAGUACCAAUAUUCUAAAGUAAUUCUAAUAAUUGAAUUAAUAAUUUGAUAAUUAAUUGAUAUUGUAAAUCGUAACGAUGUAGCCUGUAGUGUAUUAAUCAACGAGACGACGAAGUGGCACGUGGUUGGAGGAUAUGUUUUUAAUAUGAAGGCACGAUCGUAGAGUCGGCCAAUUGCUGUUGUAUCAUACUAAUUACUAAAGUAUAGUUAUCGAUAAUAUAUUGGGUGUUUCCACAAAUGGUGGGACGUCGUCGCGACGCUCUCGCGUCACCGCCUGAUCGCGUCUGUCGCCCUUAUUAAUGCCAAUAUCGAUUUUCAGUACGCGCUAAUCUAUUACACAGUGGACAUUGAGAAUCUCCACUUGAGUUGCAAAUUUUUUCCGCGAGAUGGCGAUGGCGCGCCAGCGCCGUGCCGGCGUGACUCGUCGACAGGAAAAACGGAAAAAGAAGCGAAAGGAAGGAAAACUAAUGCUAAUUAUUAAACGGAACGAAGGAAGACAGACGAAACAACGAUCGACCGCCUCCGUCGAUUGUCGUUUCGCGCGUCAUAAUUAAUACCUACGAUUCCAAGAUGUCCUUAGUCCUUCUAAUUAUCCCUUAAAUCCUAAUUUCUCCUCCUAAACUCACCGUCAUUAGGUAACGAGACGAAGAAGACGAAAAAAACCACGGUAGGCGUAUAAGUAACGUGUAGAUAUAUCAUAGCUAGAUACAACGAUCUCAAGAGGACACGCACGAGUGGAUCGCUAAACAUUAUGGUCACCGUAUAUAAAUAUAUAUACAUAUAUACAUAUAUAUAUAUAUAUUGUAUAUGAAAAUCGUAUGAACCCGCAUGCGCAAUUCACGUAUCGCGUGCUCGUACGAAAGACACAUGACACACACGAGAGUACGGCUAUGGUUGAAUCGUGAAUCGGUUGUAAGCGAUUAAUCCAUAUACCAUUGCGUUUCCUUUUUUAUUUUACACUCACAUUACCAUUACCAUUGUCACCAUUAUCACCAUUGUCACCUGCAAUUAUUAUAUUCCCUGUAUCUAAAACCACCGAUUUACUUAUUAAUUUCAAGGACAGUCGUGACAUUACUUUUCUGGAUCAUUGUGAGUGAUAAAAUAUGAGGAUGAUCCCAAUGCAAUGGAUCAGUGUCACGAUCGCUCUUAUCACUGAAAGGGAAGGUAUUAUAAGAAGAAGAAAAAAAACGACACUCAGUUUUAUGUAAUAUAUUUUUGCCCUUUUUUUUCGUGAAUCUUAAUUUCGAUGUUGCGUAGUAUUCUCUUUUUGAAUUUCGUUUUUUUUUUUUAUAUAUAUAUACUUCCGUACCUGAAAGCCAUUUGCCUCGCGGUUUUUAUCCCGCACGCCAUUUCCGCGUUAAUACUUUCUUUCAAACGCGACAUUUUAAUUGGGUCGAGCAUAGUUUGCUUUUAAACUGAAAAUAUAUUUUUCCUAUUUUGAAAAAAAAAAUUUUUUUCGUCAACUCUUUUCUGCGCUCCUUAUACUGCUACCUAACGUAAACGGCCACGCGGUUUUUUUAGAUAACAAAAAAAAGCCUCGCUCUAAUAUCUUAUGGCUGUCGGGUACAGGACGCUUCACGUUGUACUUGGCGAUUUUUCAUUUUUCGACAUUUCUCGCGCGUCUAUUCCAUUCAUCAGCCUUAUAUAAUUUUUUCGUUUUGUUUUCCCAGCCAGACUAGUCUGUCAUUUUUUCCCCUUAAGGGUAUUUAUUUACGUUCAUUAUCGACGAAAUUUUAACCCUCAUUUUUUUUCGUUUGGCAUUCUCGAUCCUCGGCAUCCCUACGCAAUCUGUGUACGCGUAUCGUGUAUGUAACAUACGUUAAAUGUGCCCUAAUAUUCUGUAAUGCGAAGGGAGACCGAGAAAUUAAAUACGCGAGAUGCGAAUGUGCAUACUGUCAUAAUUACAUUAUUACUUUGUUGUCCAAUGAUAUAAAUUUUUUUUAUAAAGGACGGAAAUGUAUUUUAUUAUCAGUUUUGAAAAAAUCGGCUGAGACGGAGAGACGCGCUCGAAAGAAUCGUCGUCAAGGCGCAUGCGUAGCGACGAUUUAGUGUAGUCAAUUACCUUUUACUAUUAUAAUUACGAUUACGCAUUGUAAUUAUGUAAUACGUUUACGGCACUCACUGUAAAAAUUCGAUGUCGACAGCAAGAAUCGUCUCUGUCGAUAUUUCCCAGUACAAGUUUUCCUUUGACAUUAAUGUACCUACUGAUUGAUAUUAAUUAUUUUUAUGAACUAUUUUAUUGAUUGAUUAUUAUUUUUUUUUUGUUUAUAUAUCAUCUGUAAUUAUUAUUGUACGUUCUUCGUCGUCUACGUCCUCCCUAAAUUACAUGAUCUCGUCCCCUCGACCCAUCAGGCCUAUCAUUUCAUUUUUUUGCAAUAAUCAAAUUUUUUUGGUUUAUUCCUUUUUUAUAUUUUUUAUACCCCUUUUUCAUCCUUCCCUCGUCCGUCAAAUUCAUUCGUCACUGCAUCCUCAUUUUUACCGUUUUACUUUCAUUCUUUAUACCCCUGUUCACGUCUAUUCUCUUUAUUGUCCCUCGCAACUCCUCAUUCGAGAACUCCAAGAAAAAAAAAAAAAGAGAAAAAAUUGAAAACAUACAACUUAGGACAAAAUUGUAGACAAUUUAUUAUUAAAUAAAACGAAGAAUAAAAUGAUA